CGCUCGCCCCCUUUCGGUCUCUCCGGUUCUGAUUGGCCAGCGUGGCCGGAAGUAGGUCGUUCCUGGGAGGAUUGCAGAGCAAACGCUCAGAAGGGUCGGAUUGGCAGAUUGCAAUGGCCACGGUGGGUGACCAACUCGUUGGGUAUGGCUUGGUAAGCUUCAGUCUUGUUCUCUUCUCCUAUUAUACCGUCUGGAUUAUCAUACUGCCCUUCAUUGAGAGUGACCACCUGAUUCACAGGUACUUCCUGCCACGAGAAUAUUCGGUGAUCAUUCCCGUGGUGGCCGGGCUGGUGCUGCUGUUCUUCAUUGGAACUUUUAUAGCCGUGGUGAUGUGGAAGAAUCAGAAAUCGGCAAAAAAGUCUGCCUGAAAAGAGGAGAAGGGGAAGAGGAUGGAUGAGAAGCGCACAGGCCCAGUUUGGGGGAACCGUUCAGCCAUUAGCAGACCCUGGAAAGAGGUUUCGGAAGCUAAGCAUCCCAUCAACCCACCCCAGAUCUUGGACCACGUUUCCAGAUUGUGAACCAAAAAGAUCAAUGCUGUUUCUCCUGGAGGGAUCUCAAAUACAUGCGCUCCCGAAUCUGAAACCACAGGACUACGGUUUCCCCUGAUCUCCUUUUUGGGUCCAAAUUUAGCCUGGAAAUUCUGCGAGGACUGGAUUUUACCAGCCCAGUUGUACCUGUCUGUUGAAUCCCACUUUUCUGCUGCAUAUCUCUUCUGGCUUUGUGCUUUGAGUUUCUGGACUUCCUAUGAGUACCGGUCAAACUUGUAAUUCGCCCGCGAGGGAGGGUAGAGAUGGCUGUCAUCUUUGCAGGAUUGCCCUGCUAUUUUCCAGCUUGGGGGGAGACAAAUACUCUUGUCUCAGCUUAAUAUUCAUUUAUUUGAUUUAGACCCUGCCUCUUGACCCAGGUGACAAUGGAGAUGAUUUGUGCCCAGAUUUUUAAAAAAAUCUACACUGCAAGUGAAGACUGGAAACUUCAAAUGACAACGUGAAAAUGUGAUUAAAAAUACGGUCCAACUCCUUUCCCCUAAAACGAUUUUUUAAAAAAAGUUCAAAAGACUUGUUCAAAAGUUUCUUUUUGGCUCACAAGCAUCCCCUGCUGGUGUCCUGGAUAAAUCUCAGCUCAGGGAAGAAAAUUGUCUUCUUUCUGGAGGAAUGCGGUGCAAUGUUGCAUUAUGGUCCCUCUCUCCCAUAAUUUUUUUAGUUCGCUGCCCCAAAAAGAAAAGUAAGGUGGAUUAACAUUUGUGUACUUGUGUUAAUAGUUCAGGCAGAUUCUGAAAUGCAGAAGUGUGCAUAGGGCCACAAAAGGGGGGCCUCUGUUCAAAUGUUCUCCAAUUCCUUGAACUUGCAUUCUGCAAUAUGGAUACAGAUUUCAUUCCUCAGUAUUCAAACCUCAGCUUUCUCCCUUCUGGGCCUGGUUAGACUAAGAAGUCUGAUAAUAAAAUGUCUACUUGUGUUGAUUUGUU